AUGGUCGAUGUUGAGUAUUAUACUUUCCGAGAUUCUGAGAGCCCCAUUGUGGUGCUUUGCGGGUUUGGCGGCUCUCAUCUCGACGAUCUGCAACCUGCUAUCGAGCACUGGACCCAAGCUGGCGCCGCCGUACUGGCUUUCGGCCCCGCCAGGGUUGGCCGGGACGACAUGCUGGACUUGAUUUUUGAGAAGCUCAUUUCCGUGCUGGAAGAUCGCCCGGUGAUUCUCCACUUCUUCAGUGAUGGUGGCUUCGGGAUGGCCCGGUCACUCCUGGGAAAGUGGGACAACAGCUGGCAGAAGGGCGAUGUGCGCCAAGCUCCGGCCGAGUCCAUCAAGUGCAUGAUCUCUGAUGGCGCCGGCCUGCUCCUUCACGAGAUCAUCUCGGUGGAUGAAGACAGCAAGGAUGACUCUGAACCAACCGGCCCGUCGAGAUCCGAUUCUGACGCGGACAAAUCGACAACCGACAAUGCCCUCGCCUUCUUUACGGGCUGCGGCUUGAACAUGCUGAUGACCUUUGGGGCCUGCCAGGCAUUCCAUGAGGAGCCGGCCAACUCCUUCGGAAAGACGCUGAUCGCCGCGGCCAACGCCCGCAAGCUGGGAGGGGAGCUGGCCAGCGCGCCCCGUGGGCCGAUGCUGUCAAUCUGGCGCCUCCUCCGCGAGAUCCCGACUCUGAUCGUGGCUUCGCGGAGUGACAAGGUGGUUCCCCUGGAAAGAUCCCAGAAUAUGGCCAAGUGGCUGCGCGAGCUCCCGAACCGGGUGCUGGCGCAGGCGGAACGUUGGCGGGAUGCCACAAUUCUGGGGCCCGACGGAACUGCCGUGCGCACACUGACUCUCGAGAAGGCUUUGCACUGCAGAGGCAUGGUCAGCCAUGCAGCCGAGUACUGGGAGGCGGUUGAUGGCUUGGUGACGUCCUGCCUGCCGUGA